GCAGGCCAGGAGGAAGGGACCUGCCAAGGGCAGCUUUGUCUUUCUCACCAGAGUUUGAAGAUUAGCCUUGAUCAUGUCACAAAUUGGGGUUACUGCUGGGUCCAGAAUGGAUGCCGGAGGUGGGGCCCAAGGGAUAGCAUAUGUGGCAUUGGGCACAGGCCGCUUUGCCUAACCCCUCUGGAGAGUAGGUGGGGCGUACCCAGUCUCCUUCAAUCCAGAACCCAUGGGUGAAGCAGAUCCAGGGCCCAGGCAGGGACGACUCAGGUGUGGGAGAGCCGCUGGGCCAGCGCCACAGGAUGGCAGAAAGGUCAUCCCAGAAGAGCUGUGAGUCUGAGCUCUGGGUCUCGGUCUCCCAGAGCCUCCCGGAGGAGGACAGCCCAGAGCCCCUGUCCCAGCACCUCCAGGCCAGCACUUCCAGAGGCAGUGAGCAUCUCAGCAGCCUAGAUCUCCCCCGUGGCUCCCUGGUGGCCUCGGAGUACCUGCCUUUCUUCCGCACCUACGGGAAGCUCCUGACUGUGGAGGAGCCAGCCCCGCUGCCCGAGGUUUGCAGCGACCAGAACAUCAGAGAGGCGCCAUUCCCUGAGGACCCAGAACCGCCCAGCGGCUUCCUCCCUUACUACCGCUCCAAGGAGGAGAGUUUUCCCAGCCUGGUCCUUCCUGAUAGGUUGUAUGGGGGCUCCCGACACCCGCACACCAGGAAGGAGGUCCUGACUGGCUGCUUUUGCAGGAUGACGGUCAGCUGCGGGUGCUCUGUUGUCUCGGCAAGCCCAGGUGUCCUCCCCAGGUCCUCCUCUACACCACCCUGCUGUCCCAUCCUGCUGGUCUCGGCAGGUCACUCUCAUGACAGCAGCCUGACUGUCCCUCUCUCCAGUGAUGCUGCCUUCAGGGGCCCUGGCCUUUGUGCCUCGGGAUUCGUGCCAUACUACAGAACCCCUGAGGAGAAGCUGCAUACCAGUCCUGGGUCUCCUCCUUCUCUGUCAGGGAGCCGGGAGCCCGCAGGGGAGCUGCCCAGGCCUGGUGCCGCCACAGUGUGAGGGAGCAGGAGCCCCCGAAGAAUGGGCCCCUGUACCUGCUCAGCAAGAUGUGAAGGUGGCUGGGGGUGAGGCUCCCCGAACUGGCCUGGGACCUCCUGCCUCAGUGCCUAGGACCCGCAGAGAGGUCAGGAGGAGCCCAAAGGCAGGCAGGCCCUACCAUCCCCCUCAGUCUACUUGGGGGGGGGCAAACAAGGGGACCCCGUGCCCUGCCAGUGUGUAGCUCUACACCACUGUCCAACUCAGCAGGCCUGGGAGCUGCCUUCUCUCCAAGGAAUUGAGAGGCUCAAUCUGUGCCCCCUUGCAGCCACAACCUCAGGAAGUGACCCCUCAGCCCCGGGGGGGCUCCCUUGGGUCUGCUAGCCAGAAAAACUUCCUGAUGACAAAUGGAGUGCAGCAGCCCAAAAGCGGCUCCACAAAAGGGAUGUCAGCCUAGCCCAGCACUCAGACCUCCCCACUAGACUCUCCUCUAGCCUGAGCUCCAGGCUCAGGGCAGACUACAGGGUCCACCGAACAAUGGAGCGCUACUGACCAAAGCUAAGUCACCACAUUACGAGGGUUGGAAUUGAUGCCCUAAUGUGAUAGUUUGGAGAAAGACGUGCAGCUUCCAUGUAUAGAGUAUUUGCUGUGGGUUAGGGAUAGACACUGGGUCAACUCUAUCCUCCAGUUAAAGAAACAGGCUCAGAGAGGUGGGCUGCAGGCCUGGGCUCACACAGCUCACCAAUAGUGGAGCUGGGAUUCAUACUCAUGCCUGUCCUCGGGGCCUGAGUACUUAAAACCCCUCCUUUUACACCGUUCCUCAGUGAGUCUUCACACAGCAAGGAAAGAGCCAGCUGCCACCCGUCAUGCUCCCUGGAGGCCAUCCCACCUUGCCUUCCCCCACAGGCCCCCUUCCCUUGCCUGGCUCACUGUGCUUUGGAGCAGCAAGC